AUGUCCCUCAUACUUCUCUCUGCAUCUGCCGUGUUCGCGGCGCUUAUGCUUGCUGCGGUUCUCCCGCUCUUGCAGCGCACUCACCGCCAGUGGUCGCUUCGCAAGAUACCUGGCCCCGCCAAUGCCUCGCUGAUCUCUGGCAACUUGGGUCAGAUCUUGAACCCCGAUGCCACGCCCUUCCAGGAGCACUUGACUGCGACGUACGGCUCGAUGUACAGGAUCAACGGCUACCUCGGCGAGCAAAUGCUCGUCACAUCCGACAUCAACGCUCUCCACCACAUCAUCGUCAAACAUGUGGACACCUUCGACACUGCCGAGUUCUUCCUCACGAUCACGAGGCUCUUGUGGGGAUCGAACUUGACCUCUUCUCCGCUUGAGGGCGGCAAGCACAGGAGGCAUCGCAAGCUCAUGAACCCCGCGUUCAACAUCGCACAUCUCAAACGCUUGUUCCCUUUGUUCUCCAGCCUAUCGAAAAAGGUUCGCAGAGUCCUCGCCGCUGAUAUCCAGCGCACUGGCCGUGCCGAGACGGAUGUCGUGAAGUACUUGGGUGGGCUUGCACUUGAACUCAUCGCACAAGGUGGUUUUGGGACGAAAGUCGGCGUCCUGGAGGGUACGGAAACCUCAGGCACACUCGACAGUAUCUUGAAGCGCGUCGCGCCGGCCACUGGCCAGCUCUUCAAGUACCAACCCCUGCUCCCAUUUCUCACGCGCAACUUCCCACCAUGGCUCCUUCGUCGUGUCGGACAGAUGAUCCCAAACCAGGCGCUCCAGGAGCACUUCUACAUCUCCGACAAGAUGCAGGAGUUCGCGAUGUCUGUGUGGACGGAUAAGAAGAGGGAUCAUGCGGAGGGGAAGGUCUCAAGCAGCGCCAUCUUGGGCGAAGGGAAGGAUAUCCUGAGCUUGUUGCUGGAAGAGAACGAUGGAAGCGCGCUCGACGACAAGCUCCCGGAGAACGAAAUCCAAGCCCAAAUCAACCUGUUCUUGUUCGCAGGAACUGAUACCACAAGUAACGCGCUCUCACGCAUCCUCUACAUGUUGGCGCUCCACCCGCAAGUUCAAGACAAACUUAGGGAGGAGCUCAUCAAUGCAGGCGCACCUGACGGAGACGCCAGCUACGAAUCGCUUGAUAGGCUGCCGUAUCUCGAGGCUGUCUGCCGCGAGACGCUGCGUCUCUUCCCACCCGUCCGCUUCCUCCGGCGCUGCGCUCGUGAAGAUCACGUUCUACCUCUCAGGGAAGCCUUCACGGACUCUACCGGCACGCUGCAGACCGAGGUCUUUGUCCCGAAAGGAACCACGAUCCUCUGCAAUAUCGCGGCCGUCAACACCGAUACGUCCAUCUGGGGCGAGGACGCUCGUGACUGGAAGCCUGAGCGCUGGCUUAGCGACUCUCCGCAUACGGACGCGCGUGUUCCGGGAGUGUAUUCGAACAUAUUGACGUUCGCCGGCGGGGCACGGUCUUGCAUCGGGUUCAAGUUCUCGCUGCUGGAGAUGAAGGCCGUACUGGCGCAGUUCAUCCCUACAUUCAAGUUCGACCCGCCGCCUGAGAACAAGGAGAUCGUCUGGCGAUUCGCGGGCAUUAUUGCACCGUCUGUGUCGUCUGAGGGCAACAAGGCCCAGUUGCCUCUUCGCGUUUCUUGCCUUUGA